AUGGACGGCCCUCCGCCACCGCCUCCUCCCCAUGGAGCCAACCCGAGGAGCGAUACUGGCACUGCUGGUGACGGCAGCAGGUACCGGAAGUCUACAGAUUUACCCGAAGGCUCCUACGACAUAUUUAUUAUCCCACCUCAUUCGGCUGGCGGUGGCUUCUUGUAUCUUCCCUCGCUCCAAUGCCAUACGAACAGCUUUCUGGCAGGCGUCACAGUAACAUUGCUCGGAGUAUUCUUAUAUUUCAAUGCCCUACCCACCUUAAAGACCUGGUGUGCAACCGUUGUGGCCCGCGGCGGGAUGAGUGUCUUCCUACUUGCCUUUGGAAUCGGCGUCGUCAGUUGGGCCAUUGGAAAGGCACAGGCAGAGGGUGUCUUCCGUCAGAGAUCUCGCGCAAAGCCUGCCCCGUCAAGUAACGGAAGCGCUCCCCAUGGGCCUCCUCCCGGUCCGCCCCCAGGUGCUCCUCCUCCUGGUGCUCAUGGCCCUCCUCCACCCGGUGGAGCUGGACCGGGACCAGGGGCUGGUGGUGGCUCAUAUCAGAGCUACGGCGGACAUUAUGCUGGCGCCGGAUUCCCUCCUCCGCCUAAUCCAGGUGCUGGGUUCCCUGGCGCAGGAGGGCCGUAUCCAGGUGGUGGUCCAUAUCCCGGUGCCGGUCCUCAGUACCCUGGGGGUCAUCAAUAUAACAGAAGUAGCUAUUCAGGAAGCCGCCAAAGCUAUGGUACCUAUGACUCUCCUCCAUCUCCAGAGCCACAUAGACAUGAACCUCCAAGACCCGAAUCCCCCAGACCUCCACCACCAAGACACGAGCCACCCAGACCCGAGUCUCCAAAACCCCAGCCGCCAAAACAUGAACCACCCAGGCCAGAGACGCCGAAGCCUGAGCCUGAGCCAAAACAGCCCGAGCCAAAGCCAGAACCUCCAAAGCCUGAGGAACCAAAGCCAGAGCCUCCGAAACCGAAGCCACCACAGCCCGAGGAACCAAAACCAGAGCCUCCAAAGCCUGAACCUCCGAAGCCUGAACCCCCAAAGAAAGAAGAACCCAAGCCCGAAGAGCCAAAGCCGGAGGAACCAAGACCAGAGCCUCCAAAACCUGAACCUCCAAAGAAAGAAGAACCCAAACCCGAAGAACCCAAACCAGAACCUCCAAAGCCUGCGCCACCUAAACCAGAACCUCCGAAACCCGCAGAGCCCAUUCCUCAGCCUGAACCGCCAAAGCCAGAACCCCCCAAGCCGGAGCCUCCCAAGGAGGAGCCAAAGCCAGAUGACUGGGAGAAAGCCCGGGAAGAAACAAGGCGGCGAGAGGAACUCAAGAGGAAGAUGGAAGAGAUAAAACGGAAGAGGGCAGAAAUAGAGCGGAAGAAAAAGGAAGAGGAGGAGGAGAAGGCCCGUGAAGAGCAAGAAAAGCGAGAUAAAGAGAACCGAGAACGAGAAUAUCGCUUAUGGAAAGAGAAGAGAGCCAAAGAAAAGGCUGCCAAAGAAGCUGCUGAGCGAGAGGCAAAAGCAGCCAAGGAGGCAGCUGAGAAGGAGGCUGCAGAAAAGGCUGCAAAGGAGAAGGCCAGACAAGAGGCUGCAGCAAGAUAUGCAGCAGCAAAAGAAGCGGCGGCUGCCAAACGAGCGGCGGCUGCUUCUACCGUUGCCCCUUCGGUUUCUCCAUCGAUUGUAUCAGGUUCAAAAGUGUCAUCUACAGCGAAAACUUCACCUGUUAAACCAAAACCUCAACCGCCAUCGCCAGAGAAGAAAGCGCCAUUGCCAGAGAAGAAACUACCAGCCCUGAAACCGGCACGAGAAAGGCCUCCCUUCCCGUCCGUCAAGACGGCAACAGAAACAGAAGACGAUGCCUACUCAUUUCGUCCCUAUGACCGACCGAGAUCGAGUGUCAACAGACCCGGCCAUGCGCCAUCCGUCCUAUCGGAGUCAACUUAUGCUCCUUCUCAAUCAACUGCAAACACCACACCUCCUCCAUCUCAACGAGGGCCAUAUAUGACCAAAAACCCAGACAAGAUUAUCAUUCACGGCGUAUAUACCUUUAACAACGCGUUCAUGAGGACUCCCAUCGCUCAACUGGUAUCCGGAGUAGGCUCAGUUACAGAUGGCCUCAUUCUCCGAAUGACGACCGAAGGUAUGUUUGUCGACGAUGACGUCAGAGGGGUAGCACAGAGAGAAUGGGAUAUCAAGGCAUGGACUAUGAAACUAGUAGAGGUAUGGUGCCCUUUGCAUUCUGCGAAUAGCAAUCCUCCGGCUCGCUCAGGCCAUGGAAAGCUCAACCCAUUUCGAUUUGGCAAUUCGCACUCGUCGUCCAAGCCGCCUAGCAGCGAGGAGUCGGACGGGUUUGUUACAGGGAUGCUCAAGACCUGUAAAGACAAAUGCCGUUUCGGGGCGAGUACUGCCAGCGAUACGAGUAGUUCUGUUUAUCAUAGUGCUGGUAGUGGUAUUAACCAAGACAUCCUACAGACAGCAGAAUCACGCGGCCUGCAUGUUAUCAGAACCAGUCUCAGAGAUCAAGAGGGCAAGCGGUUUAUCUUCGUCCUCGAUGAGAGUGAAGCUUGGAAGGUUGCCCUUGGCCUUCAGCGUCUGAGAAAGGGUAGCCAGGUUCGUGCCUUGGGAGUAUGUGGACUACCAGCAAACGAGACCACUGCCAUUCUUGGAAACCUAGGUUACUAA